UGCCUCCUCCUCCGCUCCGACGUCAACUCCAACCUCAACUUCCAUCAUCAUCCCUUGGUUCCGAGUUCCGACCUCUCUUCCAAGUCUCAUCUUCUCAAUCAACAAACAUCAUCACCUCCAAGGCCCAGAGAAACUCAAACCAAACACCACCAGACCCCCCAAAUCCACCAACAUGUCCGCCGCCGCCGCCCCCAAAAAAGGCUACCUAGUAGUCUUCGCCCUCCCCACCCACCCCUCCUUCUCCUCCUCGCACGAAAUCUUCAACAAAUGGUACAACGAGAUUCACAUCCCCGACAUGCUCUCGUACGGCCGUUCCUCCGGCUUCGUGACCGCCAUCCGCUACGCCCGCGCCGGUUUCUCUCCCUCCAACCCGCAAGUCUCGUCAACGGCGAAUGACGUCACCUACCCUAAGGACGUCAAAUGGCAGUAUUUGGCUCUGUAUCCGGUGGAAGAUGUGGAGAAGGCGAGGGCGCCGGAGAGUGGCUUGUAUAAAGUCCCGUUGGAGCAUGAGAUGUUGCCGGGGAGGAACCUGAUGGAGGUGGCGAAGUGGGAGCUGGAUUUUUGGGAGGUUGUGGGGGAGACUGGUGGAGACUCCUCCAAACAAACAGACGUCAUCCUUGUCCCCGUGGACUCCUCCGACGUUCCCGGCGCCGAUCCCUCCGCCAUCCUCGACUACACCCGCAAGGGCUGGGAAGGCCCGGACCCCGUCCGGUCGACACUGCUCAAGUUCAUUGCCCCUGCGUUCGGUGGAGAUGCUACGGGUAUUAAGCAGUAUCUGGCUGUGCACGAAGUGGAACCGAACACGGAAGAGACCCUCAAGCCCGAGUUGAAGACGGUGAAGUACAAGUUUUUCAAGAAGUUUGGGGUUUGAGAGGAAUGGUUUUGGUGUUAGGGGAGGGAGAUGAAGAUGUUCAUGCAUAGACAAGGUAGACUAGACUCUGGAGUCCUGAC